GUAGCAGCUCCUCCUCCUCCGCCGCCCAUUCGCUCCGCUCUCUCCUCCGCCUGUUCCUCAACCCCAAUCCGCUAUGCAGGGGACAGCUUGAUUAGCACUCUCGCAAAGAAAGCACAGCACAGUCGCUGAACAGCAACCACCAAGCAUGCUGUCUGCUUCGUCGGCGGCCAGUGUGAACUAACAAAUCCACUCGCAAAUCUGCAUACGCCCACUACAUGCUUGCAGUGCAGAUGCAAACCCAGCUAAUUAAAAAAAGCUAGGUGAUCUUGGAGGCAAACUUAGUUUGACAUGUGCCGCACCGUCUGCCUUUCUUCAUCAACCAAACCCCUGCAUCCACUCAGCACGGCCAACCUCUUUGAGUCAGGCUGAUGAUGGGAAGCGCCUCUCACAACCAAACUGGAGAUGCCAACGGCUCCGUGCCUAGGGGCUACAGCGACCCCGAUGGUGCACCAGCCUCCGCCAUGCAGCCGCCGCCGCAGGUCUGCUGGGAGCGUUUCAUCCAGAAGAAGACCAUCAAAGUCUUGCUAGUUGAGACUGAUGACUCCACCAGGCAGGUGGUCAGUGCACUGCUUCGUCACUGCAUGUAUGAAGUCAUCCCUGCUGAAAAUGGCCAGCAAGCAUGGAAAUAUCUAGAAGAUAUGCAAAACAACAUUGAUCUUGUUUUGACAGAGGUUGUUAUGCCUGGUGUAUCUGGAAUUUCUCUAUUGAGUAGGAUCAUGAACCACAAUAUUUGCAAGAAUAUUCCAGUGAUUAUGAUGUCUUCAAAUGAUGCCAUGGGUACAGUAUUUAAAUGUUUGUCAAAAGGUGCUGUUGACUUUUUAGUCAAGCCCAUACGUAAGAAUGAACUUAAGAACCUUUGGCAGCAUGUGUGGAGACGGUGCCACAGCUCCAGUGGCAGCGGAAGUGAAAGUGGCAUUCAGACACAAAAGUGUGCUAAAUCAAAAAGUGGGGAUGAAUCCAAUAAUAACAGUGACAGCAGUGAUGAUGAUGAAGAUGAUGGUGUAAGCAUGGGACUUAAUGCAAGGGAUGGCAGUGACAAUGGCAGUGGCACUCAAGCACAGAGCUCAUGGACAAAGCGUGCUGUUGAGAUCGACAGUCCACAGGCUAUGUCUCCAGAUCAAUUAGCUGAUCCACCUGAUAGUACUUGUGCACAAGUGAUCCACCCAAAGUCGGAGAUAUGCAGCAAUAGAUGGUUACCAUGUACAAGCAACAAAAAUUGCAAGAAACAAAAAGAAACUAAUGAUGACUUCAAAGGGAAGGACUUGGAAAUAGGUUCCCCUAGGAAUUUAAACACAGCUUAUCAAUCUUCUCCGAAGGAAAGAUCUGUCAAACCAACAGAUAGACGCUGUGAAUAUCCACCGCAGAACAAUUCAAAGGAGGGAGCGAUGGAAAAUGUGGAGCCUAUUGUUCGAGCUGCUGAUUUAAUUGGUUCGAUGGCCAAAAACAUGGAUGCCCAACAAGCAGCAAGAGUUGCAAAUGCCCCUAAUUGCUCCACCAAAGUUCCAGAAGGGAAAGAUAAGAACCGUGAUAAUGUUAUGCCAUCGCUUGAAUUGAGUUUGAAAAGGUCAAGGUCGACUGGGGAUGGUGCAAAUGCAAUCCAAGAGGAACAACGGAAUGUAUUGAGACGAUCAGAUCUCUCAGCAUUUACGAGGUACCAUACACCUGUGGCUUCCAAUCAAGGUGGGACAGGAUUUGUGGGAAGCUGUUCGCCGCAUGAUAACAGCUCAGAGGCUAUGAAAACGGAUUCUACUUACAACAUGAAGUCAAACUCAGAUGCUGCUCCAAUAAAACAAGGUUCUAAUGGUAGUAGCAAUAACAAUGACAUGGGCUCCACUACAAAGAACGUCGUGACAAAGCCUAGUACAAAUAAGGAGAGAGUAAUGUCACCCUCAGCUGUCAAGGCUAAUGGACACACAUCAGCAUUUCAUCCUGUGCAGCAAUGGAUGUCACCAACUAAUACAACAGGAAAAGAAAAGACUGAUGAAGUGGCUAACAAUGCAGCAAAGAGGGCUCAGCCUGGUGAAGUACAGAGCAACCUUGUGCAUCACCCUCGUCCAAUACUUCAUUAUGUCCAUUUUGAUGUGUCGCGUGAGAAUGGUGGAUCUGGGGCCCCUCAAUGUGGUUCAUCGAAUGUAUUUGAUCCACCUGUCGAAGGUCAUGCUGCCAACUAUGGAGUCAAUGGAAGCAACUCAGGCAGUAACAAUGGAAGCAAUGGGCAGAAUGGGAGUACAACUGCUGUAAAUGUUGAACGGCCAAAUACGGAGAUCGCUAAUGGUGCCAUCAACAAAAGUGGACAUGGAGGUGGCAACGGAAGUGGAAGCGGCAGUGGCAAUGACAUGUAUCUGAAGCGCUUCAUUCAACGAGAGCAUAGAGUGGCUGCAGUGAUCAAAUUUAGACAGAAAAGGAAAGAACGCAACUUCGGUAAAAAGGUGCGGUACCAGAGCAGAAAGAGGCUGGCCGAGCAGCGGCCAAGGGUCCGUGGGCAGUUCGUGCGGCAAGGCCAGCAGCAACAGGGUGCAGCAGCGGACAGAUGACGUCCCGCAGCUUCUCCUACAGCCUCACAUUAGCAUCCAAACAGGCUUGAUUAGACAGAUAUGAUUCUUCCCUUGCUUCCUUGGCCGAUCGAUCAACAACACAAGAAGGAUCCCAUCCCACCAUUGAUUCCAUAUUUAGAGUCUGGAAUAAAUAAGGAACUCCUAUCCUAUUUAUCCCUUACCUACCUACCUACCUACCUAUGAAGAGGAAGAUGCUCUAUGAUGAUAUGGCGAUCUGCGUUACGUGAUAGAACGGGACGCUGUGUGUGGUGUGUUGGCUGACUCCACUAGACGUCAUGUGGAGUCAAGCAGCUCUGCCUACUCCAACAUACUCCAUUUAAGCAUGUCAUGUACUAGCUAAUUAAUGUCUUUCUGGACGGUAUGAGUAUGAUGAGUGCUGUUGCCUCUAGUUUUGUCUUGUCUUGUGCUGGUCUUCUUGUCUGGCACUGCCAGCAGCAUUGCUACUGUUGGCUCACGCAUACUGCGAAAUGAGACGAGCGUUGCAUCGAGAUGGAUGGAU